GUUCAUUCCAUUAUCCUACGCUCUUCCAGAAACAUCCAUUCAGAAAGCUUCUUUCAACCAUGGUCAACUAUAGCUGCCGUCGUCCAGCAUUCUUCCUGGGUAUUCUCGGUGCAUUGGUAUGGAACAGCCUUCCGACCUUUGCCGUAGAGCCAUCGGCGUCUCUUCGUGGAGGUAACGAGGGAGAGGAUAAUGCCCGAAGUCUUCAAGAUCGUCCGGCCCUUCAAACGACCUGGACCCAGGAUUUUGCCAAACGAGGCCAACGUUCGUGCAAUUUGACCCAUUUGGUCAAGUCGGAUACCCUCAUGGACGAAGUCGAGUACUAUGACACUGAGGUGUAUCAACGUUUCAUGGCCUGGGAUGACGGUGUCAACGAUCGCACCCUCGUCGUCAAGGACGAAAACGUGUGUUAUCUCGUCUUUCAGGGAAUGAAUCGACACGUCUUUUGGGAUUACAUCCAGACACUCAGCCCUUUCGUCAAGCACAAUGUCUUUGGCUCGGACUGUGAUGUUCGUCGCAGCUUUUAUCGAGCCUACGAAACCAACUUUGCCGACGAGAUGCGCGAGUACUUGGAUGAUUGCGUCCAAUCUUGUAUUCCCGAUACCGAAGCACCCUGUCCCGUCGUAUUGGCGGGUCACUCCACGGGAGCGGCCACGGCCACCAUUGCCUCGUUGGAUCCGCGUAUGCGCAAGUAUGAUCCCGUCACAUAUGCCUUGGGACCGCUGCGGGCCAUUAUCAACGAGUGCAACGAUAUCGAUGGCACCAAGAUUUACCGUAUCGUCGCCGCCAAUGCGGGCGUCUACGAUGCCGCUUCGGAUGGCAGUCCCAAAAAGGGACGCCAUUACGGAGAAUCCUUCAUCAUGGACGAAAUGAACCAAUUCAUCUAUCUAGGCUUGAAUGAUGCCAAGCUUCGCUACCCCGAUAACUACAAUAUUCACAUUAUCGAGACGUAUCUGAAUCGCAUGAAUGCACUGGGCAACCAGCCAGCCGAAAACUUCCCCAUGACCGUGGCGCAGUUCGACGAUGGACACUGGUGUACCGAGGAUGACGAAUGCAAUUCCGGCCACUGCAACCUUGAAGCCAAGGUUUGUGGUCCUGCCACCAUGGACGAGGAUGGUACGAUGGAAGUCGGGCUCUUGCCGGGUUCGGAAUGUACGGAAAACGAAAGUUGCGUUUAUGGUCUUUGCGUGUUGGGACGCUGUGCGAUGGAAAAUGGAAAGUUGGGAUCCGGAUCCGCGUGCGAAGAACACGAUCAAUGUGAUUCUGAAAAAUGCUUUAAUAGCUUUUGUCAAGACAAACUCUACAACGGAUCCUGGUGCAAGGAGGACUACGAAUGCAUUUCCAACAGCUGCUCCGGCCCAAUGUCGUGGAUUCAGAUGCGCAAAUGUGCCGAUCCGCCCACGGAAGCUCCUUGAAUACGGUAGUAAUGGAUGGUGGCACAAUGAUUGAGACAAUUCGUGCCAUGCUGCGUUGGCCAGGACACGCAUUUGGUAUGCAACGAUUUUAGGACAAACAACGGUAUACACUCGCCUCUCGACAGUGAAGGCUCAUAAUUCUACAUAGAUGCAUUUUUCAAAAACUAUAGCAGCUGCAGG